AACCUUACAAUGUACAUUGGUGGUCGGCUGUAUCCGCCGCGCUGAGCUGUGAAGUCCACUCCGAGGCUCCUGGGAGAACAGGCUAGUUAGCUAGCUAGCUAACCAUUAGCUCGCUAGCCCCAGCACUCCGGGCGACGGUGGCUGCCAUAGCAACGGUUUAGGAAACAUUGGCUGUGGGAGCUAGCUAGCUUGGAUAGCUCAGGCUAACGGUGGUUUGUUAUGCUAGCGUCAAGCAAGCCGUCGUGGGGACACCAGUGUCCAUCUUAAUGUCAGACCCCGCAAGUCAGUGGCCUUUACCUCGCGUGAUCACCCAUAUUACUCUGCUGCAACGUUGUUCCGUUCUUCUUACUGAGCUGUCACGGUUACGUUCUAGCGUUGAGUUGAGCUAGCUUGGCUAACAUUCAUUCCCAUCACAUGCAUUGAGCUAACGUUAGCCGCCCAGGCCGAAUUGUAAACUUUACCUCCACACUACCAUUAUAUAAACGCUGUCAAUCUGCAUUAGGAACUGGAUUUCUGCCUCAAUGGUCUCGGAUGAGCCUAAUGUUAGCUCACCGCUAAAUGUUUUUCUCAGUGUUGUCAUGACUCAGUGUAAUUGUUACAGAGUCAAGCAGCUGAUCUGUAGCUGCUAAGGUUAAGGUAGGGUGCUAUAGUAGCUGCUAUUAAACUGUUUACAUUUCAUACUGUCAUCAUUAGCUAUAUAUCUGUAUCGAGUUUAUAUCGGUGCAGUAAAUAUUGGUUCUAAAUCCAACGCCUGACUUAAAUUGCACCGACAUGUUAACGAUAGAUUGCUAACAUUCAAGCUGGCCGUUUUCUGUGUGCGUUUUGGUCAUUGAAAGUUGUGUAUUUCCUAAGCAAUAUAAUUUGAAUAACCCUCAGGCACAUAGGGGAUUUUCAUUUGAUAACGGUUUGUCACAUUGGACUUCUAACUACAUGCUUAGCUGUUAUUCUAAAGGAGGUUGGGCUUCUUUGAUUAUGUUUCAGUGAAUCUGUGCACAAGUGAAUGUAUGCGAGAGAUAAUUCAGUUUGAUCUUUAACCUCUGACACAACUGUCAUUUCAGUAUUCUGCUUGAACUAGUAUGGAUGUUGAUGACUGCAAUGGCCGGACUUAUAUAUCAGCAGGUAGUGGAGACUCUUCAAUGGAGAGGGAGUUUUCUGGGGCCCUUGGAGGUCCAACAGUGAGCACCCCAAACAGCAAGGAGACCUCUCCUAGUCGCUCCCUCAGUGUCAACUCCAUUAAAGUGGAAUUGUACAGUGAUGAAGACCCAGGUCGCAGUACUGAAGAUGAGAGAGGAGAGAGGGUGGAAGAAGGAGGGUCAGAGCAGGGAUCUGAGGCUGUCGGAGGCUGCAGGGAGCUCACCAAUCUGGAAACCAUACCGUCGGGAGCCACCAGGCUGCCAAACGGAAAGCUCAAGUGUGACGUCUGUGGAAUGAUCUGCAUUGGGCCGAAUGUUCUCAUGGUGCACAAACGCAGCCAUACAGGUGAGCGACCAUUCCAGUGCAAUCAGUGUGGCGCCUCCUUCACCCAAAAGGGUAACCUACUCCGACACAUCAAGCUGCACUCAGGCGAGAAGCCCUUUAAAUGUCCCUUCUGCAGCUAUGCCUGUCGAAGAAGAGAUGCACUAACUGGCCACCUUCGCACUCAUGCAGUGUCCUCUCCAACCGUAGGGAAGCCGUAUAAGUGCAGUUAUUGUGGCCGUAGUUACAAACAGCAGAGCACCCUAGAGGAACAUCGAGAGCGUUGCCACAGCUACUUACAGAGUCUGGAGUCAAAGCAGCCAUCCAGUGCUCUGAAUCCAGGAGAGGAGAUGAGAGAGCUAGAGUUUAUACAGGACUCUCUUCUGCAACCCUCUGCAGACAAGAUGGCAUUUAUUGAUCGGCUCGCAAACAGCAUCACCAAACGCAAGAGAUCCACACCACAAAAAUUUGUAGGACAGAAGCACAUACGACUCAACCUUGGAGAUGCAGCUUAUGAGCUCAGUGCUGGUUUGGAUAAAGAUGGGGAGAUGCCUGCAGGAGAGCUUGAAGCUCCACACUUUACUGGUCUGGGAGGAGAGUACGCCGGCAUUGCAGGUAAUGGAGACGCUCUGAGGCCUUUAAACCUUCCCACCACUCACCCGUCAUGUCUGCCGGAACUCAGGGCGAUCCACGGCUCCUCUCACAUCCCUGUCGCUCUAGGUCCGAGGCUGGAUUGUACAGGGACGGGAACUGGGCGGGGGGCUGCAGGUGUGGGGGGAAGGGAGGCAGCAGAGGGUCACGAAGACCUGCCUGUCAGUCGAAGUCACGCGCCCUCGCCUAGCAACGGAUGCCAGGACUCUACAGACACAGAGAGUAUGACCGAUGAGCCAUGCAACAGUACUGCUCCAAUCCCAACCCUGCACAGUAACAAUGGCCAUCAUCUCCUCUACUCGAACAACCACAACCCAGUGCCUCCUCCCAUUGCACACCACAGGAGUCGGGACAGACACAGCCCCAGCCACGCCAAAGAAAGGGAGGCGGAAAGACAGGCUGGAGGCCACUCAGCCCCCCCGCCUCCUGCCCUCGCUCCGACUCCCAGCUCACCUACAGCGCCCUCCUCGACCUCCAGGGAGGCUUUUCGGGUGGUGGACAGCGAAGGGCGGGCUGUGCGCUAUUUCCGUUGCGAGCACUGCCGUGUGCUUUUCCUGGACCAUGUCAUGUUUACUAUCCAUAUGGGCUGCCACGGUUUUCGCCAGCCUUUCGAGUGCAACAUCUGUGGCCACCGCAGCCAGGACCGCUACGAAUUUUCUUCUCACAUCGUCCGCGGAGAACACAUCCUUGAAUGAGGAUGAAGGGUUAACGACUUGCUUCCCCCUAAAGCUAUUUUUACACUGAGACAAGGACCUGGCUGGGUUUGGUCUGCACACACGAUAAAGGCACUGAUGAUGUGAAGACGCACUGGUACAGUAAGUAUGUACCAGCAGGAGAGACUCCACAUGCAUGUUCUAAAUUACAAUAGUUACCCUUAUCAUUAUCAAUGCAUUUCAAACAUUAUCUAUUGAAAAUGCACUUUCAAUGACUUGUAUUCUAAAGUAGCUAAAGGGCCGAUGCACUUUUCUCACCCACAGAUGUGCCUUGCUCCAAACUUCGAACCUGUCGCACAAAUUCUAGUAGACAAAUAAGACUUUAUCCAUAACAUGAAAACUUAACCUUCUUGUGCACUUUAAGAGAAAUAUCAUGUAAGAAGACCAAUGUGAAGUUGAUGGGCUCACCUACAGAGGAAUCAGAUUUGAACACCUUGUUCUCAAAGCACUUUCAGUUAAAUGAGUCCCUAGCAAUUGUUAUUUAUCCUGGGUUUUUUUCCUCUUCAAUUUGGAGUAAAUCGUGUACUAUUAAUCGCUUUUUCAAAUGCAAACUCAAGUGCAGACCAAACUCAAACACCAGGUCCAAGCGAAUGGAUGUGUUUUGAGGAGUUGUCCAUGAUUUAGCAAUGCACUUUUGUUUUUGAUGGGGUUUUGUGUGUGUGUUUGUGUGUGUGUUUGGGUGUGUGUGUGUGUGUGUGUGUGUGUGUGAGUGACAGUGAGACAAAAAGGACCCCUGUGUGUUUUUUCGAAGUAAGUUGAACAAGUAAGUGAAUAAUGAAGGCCUUUAUUUGUGUGGAUGCCGACUGGGUCUGUGUAUGAAAUGUUUAGUUUCUUCUUUUCCAUGACUGCUUUUGUUGCACUGAUACCUGCCAGAAUAUUCUGAUCAUAUUAAACUAUUUUGUAGAAUAAAUUA